GUGAUGGCUGAAAUCAUGAUGUGUGAGCCUCUGGAGCUCUACAAUCUUCUCAACCAACGCAGCUGUUGUGUUUCAAGGCUGGCAGAGAUCAACUACCUCUGUUUGAUUGAUGCUCGUGAAGCCCCAGAUUACCAAACAAGCCACAUCCCAACAGCUCGAAAUGCCAAAGUGGAUUCAGAUACAUUUCUUCUGCCAGUGGCUGUGGAGGUGGACAGUAUGCAGCAUGUAGUAGUCUAUGACGGCAGAACGAGCUGUUUAGAGGAGCAAGGCAGGGCAGUUGACUGUGCACGGGCCUUUGCUCAAGCAAGCCUCUAUCCAGUCAAGAUCUUAAGAGGCGGCUUUGAGAGGUUCUCAGCUCUGUACACUUUUCUAAGGACUGAGAAAAUCCUCUACACCAUCUCGGAGCUGGAAAACCUGAAGGCUUAUCCAGUGGAGAUAAUAGCAGGACUGCUGUAUAUGGGCGACCAGAAUCAAAGCAUGGACUCCAUUAUCCUAAAAAACCUGAAGAUCAGCGCUGUCGUCAGUUUCUCAGAGAGUGUGGAAUCUACAUCCAUAAAGGGGAACCACACCAUCCUAACCGUCCCUGCUGUCGACUCAGUGGCGUUUGAUUUGUAUUCAAGUUUUGAAAGGAUUUGUAGUUUCAUCGAUUCGAACAUCAACAUUGGCUUGCCUGUCCUGAUCGUUUCAGAGCAUGGCAGAAGCCGCUGCAGUGCUGCAACCAUCGCCUUUCUCAUGCACCACCACAAAUACACACUACAGGAGGCCUGGAGGUACAUGUGCAAAUGUAAACCCACCAUGAGGCCCAACACGGGGUUUCUACAGCAGCUGUCUGACUGGGAGCUUCACACCGUGGGCACAAAAGUGACUGACGCCUCUGAACCUUGGUUUUAACAAAGGAAGCUACAGCUUUGACAACAGUGUGACUCUAUUCACUUUCAGCAAUAAAGACUGCUGAUUGUGUUACUCUGCACUCACUCAAGUAAGCAGUGGGGUUGUCAUAAUAGAACUAACUCUGCUAUGAUAGUCAUAAUCAAUUGAUAGCCUAUCGAUAAAUAUUUCUAUUUCUAUGCACCCAAUUUUAUGUAUUUCUUGUUUUCAGUAUUUCAAAAUUGCACCUGCACACGGUCUGAAUUGCACAAAUACAAUCAACUGAUUUUUGGGAUGUUGUGCAGUAGUUUGCCUUUUUUAGCUUUGGCAUUAUCAUUACAAUAACAGAAACUGUAUCAUUUUAAAACAUGUGGCAUUGAAAAGUAUCAAGACAAUUUUGACAACCUUAGUGAGCAGUGGCAUAAUCCGUAAAUAGCAAAUUUAAUUAUUCAUUUAUUCAUCUGUAUUGCAUUUUGUAUUUCUACAAUUCUGCAAUUCAUUUAGCAGACGCUUUUAUCCAAAGCGACGCAAAUCAGAGAGAAAAAAACAACACAAGCAAGAAUCUAGAAAGGAGGAAACAAGGUCAAUAAGUUCAAACAAAAAGCUUUAACUCCGGUGGGACACACAGGAGCUGACAGGAGGAAAAGAAUAACAUCGACUAGCUUCUCUGUUUAUUUGUAUUAUUUGAUGUGAUUUUUGUUAUUUGAGGUGUUGACAUUUUAUGGACACCUUCCGAAACAGGUGUCAGUCACGUUACAUUAAGAAAGCUUUUUAGAUUUUCCCCUCUGAAAUAUGUCUUCAAGAAUUUCAACAAUACAACUAAAUGAGAGGAAACAAGAAGAAUAAAGAGU